AUGGCUACACAUGAUAUUCAUGAAUUAAAAUUACUCUUUUCUUUAUUCGAUGUUGAUCAUGAUGGUCAUAUUUCACAAGAUGAAAUCAAGCGAUUAGUUCAAGUUGUCUCUGGACAUCCAUGGACAGAAGAACAACUUGCUGCAUUUAUGCAACUUACUGACACUGAUACUAGUGGUGAUAUUAAUAUGGAAGAAUUUACUGUAAUGAUGAAUCAAUAUGUUCCAACAAGUACUCUUGGAUUACGUGAUUUAUUUAAUACAUUUGAUUUAAGUGGUGAUGGUUAUGUUGAUAAACAAGAAUUUGAAAAAGUAACGAAAGAAAAAGGCAACGAAUUAAAUCAAGAUCAAAUUGAUAUAUUUAAUAAAAUAUUUCAACAAGAUGAAAAUAGCAAAGUUACUUAUGAACAAUUUAUUGAUGGUGCAACUGAAGUUUACAAAAGUUUAAAAUUUAAUUAA